GGACGGCUCAGCAGACGCUCACCGGCUCUCCCUUGGGCUACUGAAACUACGAGUCUGCGAGAAGUGAACUUUGUCUCCAAAUGACUCACCAUUUACUCUCGUAUUAUCAUUUCCAGUAAGUCAGAGGCCAAAGGUGCUUCUGGUACAAAUAACCAGCAAACAGCCUCCCCCUCGCAGCUCAGCCCCGGGCAGGAACCAGCCAGCGUUGGAGGUGCUGUUACAGGAAGUGCAGUGCGGAACUGGAAGAGUUUCUGAGUGACUAACGGGAGCUCAGCCCUGCCAGGACCCAUCUGUGCCCCGCGGGGAUGGCUGACAAAUCCGAGGAUGGUGCCCAGGGGCCAGGAGAAAUGGAAGAGAAAGAGGCUUUGUGUCGUCUAGCCUCCCAGACGGUCAUGGUCUAUCACUUGUGGAAGCAGGCACGCCAGCCGGUGCAAGAUGUGGUCAGGGACAUCAUCGCUUCAGUGUGUAAGUCCCAAAAGUCGAUCCUGGCUCGGGAGCCUACGCGGAAUGUGCUGCUGUUCAUGGAGGAACCCAUCCUUGUGGGCAGCCGAGCCCAGGGCAUCCACGUCCUAGCAGAGUCCGGCGACAGCGACUAUGACUUCCUGGUCCCCAUCCAGUACGAGAUGAACCUGAGCCUUAAAGGCAGCCGGCACGGCAAAUUGCACACCCUAAAAGGUUGUCUGCCUCGCAAGGAGAACUUUGAGAACGGGGUGCCGGUGUAUCUCUGGGAGAACAAGGUGAUGGUGGACAUCACAGAAACAAAAAAUUACCAGCAGCUUUGGAAGAAUAGCCUUGAUCCAAAAAGCGUAAUGAAAGAAUUCUGGGAGUGUGUCCAGAAAGCUUUGACUGAAGAUCGCUUUCGCAGCGAACAGGAGCAGCGGCGGGACAGGGACGCGUCCGCCAGCCAGCCAGAGAGAAGAGACUUUGCUCCCAAAAUUAGCAACGUUAGACUGAAGAACAUGGAUAUUAAACCAAAGUGUCCAGCCGUGCAGCUCAGUGCAGAGGUGGACGGCCAAGCUGUGUCUAUAGACCUGGUGCCCACCAUCCGGACUAAAGUGGACAUAUCCAUGGAUUGGCCGCGGCAGGAUCUGAGGUGGCUCUCCGACUGGUGGGACUGGGAGCAGGGCACUGAGAGGAUCAAACCCACCUGGAAUAUCGGGGAAAUUUACAAAACUGGGACCGAUCUGGUGGCCAAGGGUUCGUACUGGAGGCUCACCUUCUCCAGGGCGGAGACCCAGCUCCUCAAGGACAUUGACGCCGAUGGUGGGUGCAGGCGGAAGGCGCUGCGGGUGCUGAAGCAAAUCAACAUGGAGAAGUGGGUACCGCGCUACGGCAAAGUCCUGACCUCCUACCACCUGAAGACGGUUCUUUUUUGGGCUUCUGACCUCAACCCAGAGACAGAGCACUGGGCCACGGUGCCGGAUGCUGUGGAGACGCUGCUGAAGGUGCUGGAGUUCUGCCUGGAGAAGAAACACCUGCCCAGUUACUUCCUGCGGUCCAUUAAUUUCUUCAACUGGCACCGGACUGAGGAGGAGAAUUCCCUGAAGAACCUGGGGCUGGAGGUGCUCAGACUGGAGGUGAGGCUGAUGAGAUGCAGCCCAGAACGGUACCUGCAGCUGAGCGACGACCUGGCAAAGCUCCAAGGCCCGGGACCCUUCGUCCAACGGGCGCAGGAGCUCGCCGCCUUUAGAAGGGAGCAUCGGAAAGACUUGGAAAAGUUGAGACAGCCGGAGAUACCUGACGACAGCGUAAGCAUGGACGGGGACUAAACUCUGCUCCCAACAUAGACACUUGGGCUCCUAUCUGAACUGACAUGCCCCAGAGGACCUGCAUUGGCUCUGGAUUUACACUGGGGGAACGGAGGUUUUACUUAAAAACCUUGAGAUACGGAACAAUAAAUAAUGCAGGUUUCUUUUCAUUGGGGUUUGUAAGAGUGGAGCUCACAUGGGGUGACUCCAGAUUGUCCCCAGGGGAGCUGAGAUCAGAAUCCAGCCCAGACCCCACUGCAGUCAGUGGGUAUAAGAAGCUCAGGUGGUUGGAAGUUGAAGCUGGACAGAUUUAGACUUGAAUAAGGUGCAUAUUUUUAAACAGUGAUGGUAAUUAACUAUUAGAACAAUUUAGAGAUUCUUAGAUUUGAAGGCCAAAAUGGACCACUGUGAUCAUCUGUAGGCCUGAAAGCCUAGCUUUGAAAUAUUGUUUUAAAUGAUAAUUAUUUUAAGUAGUAAUAUUUGUAUUCAUUUCUGUGAGUAUAAUGUGUUUUGGAAUUAGUAAGAAGAAAUAGUUUGGGGUCUUAUUUCAUUUUUAGUAGCAGUAAGAAGGAACUGUUUUAUUAAGGAUUGUUUAGCUCUGCUUUGCUCUGUAAGAAGUCUUGUUUUUGAAACUGUUCUGUGUGAGUGGAGGAAUGUUUGGUAUGCUAACAGAUAAGAGAUAGGAGGGCCCAAAGGAAUGAGAGGUGCAGAAUUUCUCUGAUGGCUUGUGACCGUGGUCCUGGUGGGAGCCAGCUCAGGUCACUCAAUUAGGGUGAACUGCAAACAGAACGGGGGGGACAAUACCCAAAGCUGGUGGAUAUUUCAAUAUUUAGAUUUACCCAGCCAGCAUGAAACAGCUUCUAUAGAACCUCACUGGUUACUCAGAAGUCCAAACAACGCAGUUCCCUUAAAGUGCCCAGCAUCCGGCCUCUGUCCAGGUAUCCACGUCUGUAUUUUUGGCAUAUGUGAAACCCUCGACAGCUUCCUCAACAUCACUGUUCAUGUGAGGCCGGCAUAAAAGGGCUCUGGCCAUUCUCUGAGGUUUUUCCAUCCCCAACUGAUCUUCGUGUCUCCUUUUUAAAGUAUUUUCCUGUAACGCCUUGGGGAUCGCCCUCCUGUGCCUCUAAACAAAAUGCCGCCUAGUGCGGAGAGCUCCCCUUGUAUUGAUGAUAGGGGCUGGGAACCUGCUUUCCCACGUCCUGUGCUAACAGCCUCAGUUACCUUCGGCAGGGUUUCAUCCCGAGCAGUAGCUCUGGCAAUCGCCGUCCGCAUUUUGUCUGAGACCCGACGCAACUUUUAAAAUUCUGAGCGACGGACAAAAUCUAACUCUGAACUUUGCUCCACCGCACUUGUGUUCAGUGCUCCAGCGAGCGUGUUUGCAACCAGCCAGCCUCUCCCAGGUUUGGAAGCAAUUGGCAAAGGAUACAUCUUGAACUGAAAAUAUAGUCUCUGUAUUCUGGGGGGCAGGGGGGCUGGCAGUGGCAGUGAGUGGCUUAUGUUGGCAUACUGUGGGGCCAUGACACACAAACUACUGGUCUCCACUUGGGACCAUGGUGCUGUAAGAAGACUAUGCCAAUAUCUCCAUGGAGGUGUCCAUGGGAUAUGAAACGAUGCAUUGGGACAGGACCCAGAAUGCCCUGCACCCCUCUUCACCCCCUUCCCACAAGCCACAGUGCCAGAAUGGGAAGAGGUGCUCUGUGGGAUAGCUGCCCAUAAUGCACCGCUGCAAAUGCCACUGCAAGUGCCACAAACGGGGCCAUGCCAGUGUGCUUGCAGCUGUCGAUGUGGACAGACUAGCGCUUUCCCUGCUGUGCUCUCUGAGGGCUGGUUUAACUCACAGUGCCCUACAUCUGCAAAUGUAGCUAAGCCCUAAGAAAAAACAUUUAAGACGUCUUAACAGCAUCAUCUGGUGGCUUCUGGCCUAACAACAUUCAAACUGUUUCCCUGAACUAUUGAGGGUUUUCCCAGCCAGUCCUUCAGAAAACCCUCCCUUCCAAACAUCAUCCUUCUGUAAGUCACCA